UGCCCCGUGGCCCGGAUGUUGCGGUCGCCGCUCCCGGUCUGAGAGAAGCGGCUGCUGGGGAAACGGACUGUAGCUGGCGGGAGAGGCGGCCUGGAGCAUGGAGAAGCAGGUGAAGAAAGUGAAGCUCAACAACAACAACAGCAACAGCAGCAGCAGCAGCAGCAGCAUCCCCAACUGGGGUAAACAGAGGGCAACCAAUGUAACCUUCCAAGCGCACCAUGUCAGCAGAAACAAGCGUGGACAGGUUGUUGGCACCAGAGGUGGUUUCCGAGGGUGCACUGUCUGGCUUACAGGCCUGUCCGGAGCUGGUAAAACAACAGUUAGCAUGGCAUUGGAGGAGUACUUGGUUUGCCAUGGCAUACCCUGCUACACAUUGGAUGGUGACAACAUUCGGCAAGGUCUGAACAAAAACUUGGGCUUUAGCCCAGGGGACCGGGAAGAGAACAUUCGGCGUAUUGCAGAAGUGGCCAAGCUGUUUGCAGAUGCUGGACUUGUGUGUCUUGCUAGCUUUAUUUCUCCAUAUACAAAGGAUCGGAAAAAUGGCAGAAGUAUCCAUGAAGCUGCUGGCCUGCCGUUUUUCGAAAUAUUUGUUGAUGCCCCUCUGCAUGUUUGCGAGGAAAGAGAUGUGAAGGGAUUGUACAAAAAGGCCAGAGCUGGUGAAAUAAAAGGGUUCACCGGUAUUGAUUCAGAGUAUGAGAAGCCAGAAGCUCCUGAGCUAGUGUUGAAGACCGAUGUCUGUUCUGUAAAUGAAUGUGUCCAGCAAGUGAUUGAACUGCUUCAAGAGAGGGACAUUGUCCCUGUUGAUGCAUAUGCUGAAAUAAAGGAACUGUUCGUCCCUGAAAACAAGCUGGAUCUCGCUAGAGCUGAUGCAGACACUUUGCCAGCUCUGGAAAUUAAUAAGGUGGAUUUGCAGUGGGUACAGGUUCUAGCAGAGGGCUGGGCUACUCCACUCAAUGGCUUCAUGAGAGAACGAGAAUUUUUGCAGUGCCUUCAUUUUGGCUGCUUGUUGGAUGGAGGUCUCAUUAACCUGUCGGUGCCCAUUGUCCUGACGGCGACAAAUGAAGACAAAGAGCGACUGGAUGGCUACACCGCCUUUGCAUUGGUGUAUAAUGGGCAAAGGGUGGCUAUCCUUCGCAAUCCAGAAUUCUACGAGCACCGGAAAGAGGAGCGUUGCUCACGUCAGUGGGGAACAACUUGCAAAGAACAUCCUUACAUUAAGAUGGUAAUGCAAAGUGGCAACUGGCUAGUUGGUGGAGACCUGCAAGUUCUUGAUCGUAUCUAUUGGAAUGAUGGCCUCGAUCAUUAUCGCCUUACCCCACGGGAGCUAAAGCAGAAAUUUAAGACAAUGAAUGCUGAUGCUGUCUUCGCAUUUCAGCUACGCAACCCAGUGCACAAUGGGCAUGCUCUAUUGAUGCAGGACACCUUUGAACAGUUGAUUGAACGAGGCUAUAGGCGUCCAGUUCUUCUACUUCACCCACUAGGCGGUUGGACAAAAGAUGAUGAUGUACCUUUAACAUGGAGAAUGAAGCAGCAUGCUGCCGUGUUGGAAGAGAGGAUACUUAAACAAGAGUCUACUGUUGUGGCUAUCUUCCCAUCUCCCAUGAUGUAUGCCGGACCAACCGAGGUCCAAUGGCACUGCAGGUCCCGCAUGAUUGCAGGUGCUAAUUUCUACAUUGUGGGCCGAGACCCCGCAGGCAUGCCUCAUCCGGAGACUAAGAAGGACCUGUACGAACCGACACAUGGGGCUAAAGUUCUGACCAUGGCCCCCGGCCUACUGAGCCUGGAAAUCAUCCCAUUUCGCGUCGCUGCCUAUAACAAGGUGAAGAAAUGCAUGGACUAUUAUGACCCUGAACACCACGAGGAUUUUGACUUUAUCUCUGGAACACGCAUGCGUAAGUUAGCGCAGGAAGGAGUGAAUCCACCAGACGGCUUCAUGGCAGCAAAAGCGUGGGCAGUCCUAACGGAAUACUACAAAUCCAUGGAGAAGGCCUAAAUGGGAGCAGCAAAGAGAUGCAACAGUUCUUUAAUUGGUAGCAGGGGACCACACACACAGCAAGUGUUCCAGCAACUUCAUUGGUGUUAGUUAGGAAUCAGUGUUCUUUCUUAAGCUACAUCACAGUCUGCACAAGUCUUAUGAGCUUUUUAUGUAUCAGGACCUGUAGAGUUGCUGUUUUUACAUAUUGCUUUUCUUUGCUUUGGCAUGUCUUUAUUCCUUUAUUUAAUGGUUAGCAUUUCCAGUCCAUGCCAGCCUAGAAAACUUCAUACAUUUCAGAGGGCAUUUGAUAGGUUGCGUUUUCAAGAGGAACAAUUUUAAUGAUAACACUGUUUACUAACAUAAAUUACUUAGCUUUUGUUUAACUGUUCUUAAAUUUUAAUUACUUUUCUGUAUUUGGUUGCUGGGUGUACAGUAUAGGUAUGUUUGGAUAUCUUUGAACCACCUCUCUGUAUCUCCUCUGCUCCAAACCUUGUGUUUUGGGAUUUAUUUAAUCUUUAGUCCUUGUAGUCGAUUUUGAAGUGUGGGGGGGGAGGGGAUGUUCUCCUACAUGCACUUCACAUGUAUACGAUUACACAAAGGUUUGAAGAAGGGGCUAAUGAAAAGUGUACUUUUUGUUCUCUGUUCAUGACCAGCAAAUCAGCUGACGAGUGGCCAUAAUGCUAGACCUAUACCUGUCAUUAGUACUUCAAAUCACAUAGCUGUCAUGUGCUCUCUCUGCAGAGAUUGCCUUGGUGAUUGGGUCAGUAUGAUCUGCAGGAGGUGAAAGCUGGAUUUAGAAUUCAGAUCUGUACAGUGAUUUGAAAUUUACAGGUGGUUUUGACUUUGGACCAGCUACUUGGGCUGCCUUCCCGUGAAGCUGAAUGAAUGGAGGUAUUCCCAGUGAAGUUCAGAGGUGUCUCAUUUUUAAUGGGUGGGUGGGAGUGCGGUGAGGAAAUUCAAGACUUCCAAACCUACAAAAUGUUGGAGUAUGAUUGUAGUAAAGUCAAGUGGUAUGCUUGUGGCAUGAUUGGUAAUGUAAUUUGUAGACUUACUAGUUACAAUUGCCUUGUUUGCAUCCAUUGACGUGAGAAAGUGCAUUUGAUGUCUGUCUAUGCCUGCAUAAUAAAAGAUUUUGUUCCAUUCAA